AUGUCCAAAGAACCAAAGAAGUCUGCCUUCGUGCAGAAGCUUUACACGAUGCUAUCGGAUCCAAAUCUGAACAAUUUGAUAUGGUGGACCAGGCGUGAUGACGGCACUUUCGCCCUUUUGCCAGGUGCCGAGUUCGCGUAUGCCCUCACGGGCUAUUUCAAGCACGGAAACGUUGCCUCCUUCGUGAGACAACUACACAUGUAUGGGUUCCACAAAGUUUCGGACUCAGAAAACAACAACAGUACAAUCUGGGAAUUCAGACAUUCAAGCGGAAAGUUCAGAGAAGGUGAUGAGGAAUCGCUGGCGUAUAUCAAGAGAAGGUCGUCUUCAAACGCGAAGAACGAAACUCAACAACCAAUAGCUUAUGAACCAGUGUAUUAUGUCCCACAGCACCAACCACCACAUCCUCACAUCCAACAAUACCAUAUUCAGCAUCAACCACAACAUCAACCACAACAUCAACCACAACAUCAACCACAGCAUCAACCACAGCGGGAGCCUCUUGAGCCUCGCAAUACGCAAGUUCCAAAUAUGCUACCAAGACAUAGUUUUGAUACUUUGGAGUUGGCACACAAUGCUGAUCACGACUCACAGGCCCUCGUACACGGACAGGCACAGUUGAGACAAAACUCCGAUUCGCUGUUGCUGGGAAUACAGACUCAUUCAAACAACUUGCUGCGAGCUGCUGAUGUGAUACCUGAUUUGGUAGAUUCGCCGUUUUUACAGCAAAACCUACGUCCUCACCACCAACACCAACAUUUCCACCACCACCACCAUCAGGCGCAGCAACAGUCUUACCACAAUCCGAUAGACGAAAAGCUUGCGUCCCUGAAAAAUCUAGUUGACUCAAGAGACGGGAUAUUCAAAUUCACUGAGGGUGGUAACAACAAUCACCCCGUCAAUAAUAGGCAAAGACUGCCGUCAAUGUUUUUAGACCCUCUGGCCCCGGACCCAGAGAGACCAGUACCGAGGUCGGUCCCACAUUCAUCUACAAAUAGUCCAAGUGCUCUCCCACACUCUGGAAACAGCUUAAGCGGCAUGCCGGGCCAAACAUCACUGUCGCUGGGACACUUUGGAUCACAUGCAUUGCACAGAAACAAUUCUUCGAUAUCGUUGAGUGCCCAGAUAAGACCGAGUCUUGUUGAGAUUCACAGUGCGAAUCCAAACCUGAACAGUUCGAUAUCAAGCUCAAAGUCGCAGCAGGACUCGAUCUUUUCCAACAAAUCUAAUUCUAUUGCAUCGGUGGGACGGUGUUCAAUUGUUGAUCUUCUCAACGAUGAUAAGAGAAAGGAUGAAACGACUGGGGUUCAGGAAGAAGAAAGUAAUGAUUCAGGGAAACGGAAGCUUGAGAACGAAGAGACGUUAAAUAGGGAGGAGAAGAAACAAAGGGUUUGA